GACGCCCUGGAGUCGGGCGACGACCUCCCGCUCGGGGCGCGGGCCGCGGGGCCGGACGCGGAGGGCGGCGCGGCGGUGUGUUGCCUGGUGCGGGCCGAGUGGUACGAGAGCCGCCUCUCAUACACGGGCCUCUUCAGGCGCUCGGACUGCGGCCUGGCGCACCUGUCGUUGGUGCGGUGCCCGCGGGGGCCCGCAGGCGGCUCCCGAGGCCUCGCCAGCAGGCUGCUCGGCCCGCUCGCGGCCCCGCCAACCCGCGACGGCCCGCUGGUGGCGCUGCUGGCGGUGAAGUUCUUCCGGGCGGGGGAGGCGUCCAGCAGCACCCUCGUCUUCGCCGGGGCCCCGGCGGACGACGGGGGCGGUGCGGGGCCGCUGGCGCGGUGCCUGUGCACGCUGGUGGACGAGGUGGCGCUGGGGCUGUCGGGGCCGGGCGCGGAGGGCGGCCAGCCGCGGAGGCCGCCGGCCAUCGGGUUCAGCGACUUCGCUGGUGCCGACCAG